AUGAUGGAGGACUUAGCAGCUUCUUACAUUGCUCUGAAAUUGGAGAAUAAAAUUCUGCAGGCUCAAGUGCAGAGGCUGAUAGAAGAAAAGGUUGCCCUCCAGGCCCAGAUCCCAGAGCUUCAGAAGUUCCGAGCAGCCAAGGAUGAACCACUCCAAAAGCUUUCAGCAGCCCAGAAGCCCCGGAAGCCUCCAGAGUCCCUGGAUCUCCCAGCAGCCUGGGAACCCCAAGAACUCCUAGAGGCCAAGGAGCCCCCAAAGCCACCAGAGCCCCCAGAGAUCAUGAAGCUCCAGAAGAGUGCCGAGCCCCAAAAGCCUCAAGUCAGGGAAAGCCCAGCAGCACAGGAGUCCAGGGAGGUCCAGAAGCCCCUGGAGUUCUCAGAAACCCAGGAGUUCCAGGCACCACCAGUGGCCCAAAAUCUCCUAGUAACCAGUGAGGCCCAAGAGCCCUCAGAUACCUAGAAUGUUCCAGAGGUCAAGGAGCUUCAGAAUUCAGAACCCCAGAAUCCUCCAAAUGCUGAUGAGCCUCAGCCGGCACCAGAAUGCCAGGAGACCUCGGCACAACUUGAUCCCCUUGAGCUUCCUGCUCCCCAGGAGCCUCCAGAGCUUCAGAUCUGCCAGAAACUCCUGUAUCCUUCAGAUGCCCAGGAGUUCCUAGAACUCUUAGCACCCCAGGAAUCCCUAGAGGGCCUAAUAGCUGUUGAGACAUCAGCAGCUCCAGAAUUCUCAAAUGCCCGCAAUGAGUUAGGAGCUGUGACUUUCCCCGUAGAAUACCCUUUAGCCUUCAGUGGGGAUGCCCAGAAAAUUCCUGAGAUCCUAGUUGAACUCAGUAGUUACGUAAGAGUCAGAGGGCACCUUUAUCCCACUGAAGCAGCCCUGACGAGCUUUGUUGGCAACUACUUCUCAUGUGAGGCAGGAAGAUGGUUCCAGCCCUUAGUGGAUAUCCAAAGUCCCCUGCUGGAGCAAUUUGAAAGUGUUAUUCAAGUGCUACAGGAUACUUCUGACAAUCCAGAAAAUAUAGAAGAUGCCAAUCACUGCAUCCACCAGCUCUGCCAAGGAGAAGGCCCUGUCCACCAGGAUAUAACCCAUUUCCACAUCAUUGCUCAGGACCUGAACUGGGAUGAAAUCACUCUCUGCAUCCAAUUUCAAGAAGGGCUUGAUAGUUCUUUCCAAGAUGAACUAUCUUGCAGAAGCCCAUCUACCAACUUAAACGAUCUGAUCACUCAGUGCAUCAGCCUAGAAGAAAAGCUGAGUGGUAAGCUUGAUCUCAGUCCUUCAGAGAUAAGUCCUAUUGAAAAGAGAGAUGGUUCUGAGAGUCCACCAGCAGAAAAACAGCCUAUCCAGGUUGCAAGCAAACACCCACACCUCAGUGAAGCUGAAUGGGCCCGCCGUCGUGAAUGCCACUUGUGCCUCUAUUGUGGUCACCCUGGUCACUUUGCCAGAGAUUGUCCUGUCAGACCUCAUCAUGCCCAGAAGGCGGGAAACAUCGAGGCCCGGCAGUAA